CGAUAAGUAACUACUAUAGGCAUAACGCUCAUCUCUAAUUUAACGCGUGCUCUUUCUUUCCUCUUGCUCCAACAUGGCUGAUCAGAACGAGCGCGCCUUCCAAAAGCAGUUCGGUGUUAACCUAAACCGUAAGGUGAAGCCAGGCAUCACCAAAAAGAAGGUGCUCCGCCGCUACCGGGAUGUUGGUCUCGGCUUCAAAACCCCACGUGAGGCCAUCGAUGGUACUUACAUUGACAAGAAGUGUCCCUGGACGGGGGAUGUGAGAAUUCGUGGCCGCAUUUUGACUGGUGUUGUGCGCAAAACUAAAAUGCAACGCACUAUUGUCAUUCGACGUGAUUAUCUGCACUUUGUGCGCAAAUACAGUCGUUUUGAGAAACGUCAUCGCAACAUGAGCGUCCAUUGCUCACCCGCAUUCAGAGAUGUUGAGCACGGCGAUAUCGUCACCAUUGGCGAGUGCCGUCCGCUCUCAAAGACCGUGCGCUUCAACGUAUUGAAGGUGAGCAAGGGUCAGGGCGCCAAGAAGAGCUUCAAGAAGUUUUAAGUGAAGGACAACCAACCACUGCGGAAGAAAACAAUAUUUGUAGCAUUAUUCUUUUUGAAUAAAACAAAAAAAAAAACCUAUGUAAAUUUAAUCAUAUUUUCUGUGUAGAUUGUCGAGUCUCAUUUCAGCAUUAUCAAGCAGCAGUUGGACGAAUUCUGAAAAGAUUGUGAACGUGGACUUGGAAAAAUGAAUUUUAUAUUUCACAGCUUAUAAUUCUGUUCGUUAGUUCGAAAUAAAAAUAAAAGCCGCCUAAAAUAACAA